UGGUGUAUGUACUUAAAACUACUACUAACGCUAAAAAUGAAGCUCUGUAACACCAACAGAGGAAAAACUACACGUAGCUGAUACUUCAGGGAGAGUCCAGCUUGCGCGAACCGUCCAAAAUCGCUCCUGAAACCCUAGAGAACACACACACACUCUCUCUCUACUUGGAAGCUGUUUUGCGCAAAGCAAUGUCUGGGGCUGGGGUUCACAGAAAUCAAAACUCUUUUUAUUUCCAACUACUGACGUAGAAGGAGACAGAUAAUAAAAUACCUGUCAAAAGAAGAAAAAGAUGACAAAGAAUGGUGGACGCUUCUCGACCAGUCUUGUUGAAGAUUUAGCAGGGAAAUGCCACUUCUGCUGGGAUCUCUCUGAGGAGGAGUGUUUGACCCAUCUGGAGCUUGGGCUUGGAUAUUUUUUGAUUCUGUAAUUUUGGGUUGUCUGGCUUCUCAAGUUUUGUGAUUUGGAUAGCAUUGUAUUUGGUCCUUGAUGAGCUCUGCUUCUUCGCCAGUGAUAUCUAUUACUUUCUACCUGCUCUUAUGGAAUGUUGCUGAAAACGACAGACCCAGAAGAUUGAAGUUCUGAAAUGGUCAUGAAUUGGGUUUUUUUUGUUUGAGGAUCGCCGAGAAAAUAUUUUUUGUGGUUGAGAUUGGUGGAACGAUUAUGCAUUUGGUGGAGUAAUUAUGAUUGUAAUAACACUUUUCCGCCCUUUAGAUUUGUUUCUUCGAUUCAUUAGUUGGAUUUGUCGGUGACAAAAGAUGGCUUUCAAGUCCUGAGAAUUCGACGGUGGGCUUUACCAUUUCCAGGAUUUAACUUUGUAUUAAGGUGAAGAUGGCCUCUUGGAAUCAGCUCGGGGAGAUUGCUACUGUUGCACAGCUCACAGGCCUAGAUGCCGUGAAGUUAAUUGGGUUGAUUGUGAAGGCUGCAAGCACAGCCAGAAUGCACAAGAAGAACUGCAGGCAAUUUGCUCUGCAUUUGAAGUUAAUCGGUAACUUGCUAGAACAGCUCAAAAUUUCGGAGCUGAAGAAGUAUCCUGAAACCCGUGAGCCAUUGGAGCAGCUUGAGGAUGCCCUGCGAAGGUCUUACAUUCUGGUGAAUAGCUGCCAGGACAGGAGCUAUUUAUAUCUGCUGGCCAUGGGAUGGAACAUUGUGUAUCAAUUCAGGAAGGCUCAGACUGAGAUUGAUCGGUACUUGCGGAUCGUUCCCCUCAUCACCCUUGUGGAUAAUGCUAGGUUCAGGGAAAGACUGGAAGAUAUUGAAAGGGAUCAACGUGAAUACACUCUGGAUGAAGAGGAUAGAAAAAUGCAGGAUGCUAUUCUAAGACGGGAAAAUGACACCAAGGUGCUGAAGAAGACUCUUUCUUGUUCAUAUCCAAACUUGCCUUUUGAUGCAGCACUCCAGAAAGAGAAUGAGAAGCUCCAAUUAGAAUUACAAAGAUCACAAGCACAGAUGGAUGUUGGACAAUGUGAAGUAAUUCAACAUUUGAUUGAAGUCACAGAAACUGCUGCAAGUUCUCUGACAGAGAAAGAUUCACCUGUCAAAAGUUCCAAGAAAGUGGAGUCAAAUUAUUCAGAUACCAAUGUUGAUAAAGGACAUUCCGUUGAAGAAAGCUAUUACACCGGAAAUGAUACUCGAAUGACAUCAAGAAACACUUCUUCGAUUUCAUCAGGACAUGAUCUGCUGUCAAAUAGGGGGACCCAUCUAGACGAAGAGUGGCAUUCAGAUUUACUGGGCUGUUGUUCUGAACCAUCUUUGUGUCUGAAGACAUGCUUCUACCCUUGUGGUACAUUUUCUAAGAUUGCUACAGUGGCCAGUAACAGGCAUAUGUCAUCAGCGGAAGCCUGUAAUGAGCUUAUGGCAUAUUCAUUGGUAUUGUCAUGCUGUUGCUACACUUGUUGUAUCCGGAGAAAGCUUCGCAAGAUGCUAAACAUUACGGGAGGGAUUUGUGACGACUUUCUCUCACAUUUGAUGUGUUGCUGCUGUGCCUUGGUGCAAGAAUGGCGAGAAGUGGAGAUACGUGGUGUCUAUGGCCCUGAAAAAACAAAGACAAGCCCACCUUGCUCUCAGUACAUGGAAUCCUAAAUGAUAUUUAGAAGAUGAAAAGGUUGUUAUCAGUUAGAAAUUUUAGAAAAGAGAUUCAUUUUGAUACUUAUUGUAGAGGCGAUGGCUGGUUUCUCCCUGUAGCUUGUACUUUGGUGAUUUGUAUGAAAUGAUUUGUCCAUGUAAAGAUCUUUUACUUUGACUGCUGCGGUUAUGUCUUAUGUAUCAUAGUUAAUUUCUUUACAUGGAAGGGUUGUUUGAAUUGA